AUGCCGGUUGUCAAAGGUGGUGUUUGGACCAAUAUCGAGGACGAGGUCCUUCGGGCCGCCGUCUCGAAAUAUGGUCUCAACCAGUGGGCUCGUGUGUCGUCUCUCCUCGCCCGCAAGACCCCGAAGCAGUGCAAGGCGCGUUGGAUCGAAUGGCUGGACCCUGGUAUUCGCAAAGUGGAGUGGUCGCGAGAGGAGGAUGAGAAGCUUCUGCACCUGGCGAAGUUGAUGCCAACGCAAUGGCGAACCAUCGCCCCCAUUGUCGGACGUACCGCAACACAGUGCCUCGAGCGCUACCAAAAGCUUUUGGAUGAGGCCGAAGCUCGCGAGAAUGAUGAGCUCGGUCUAGGAGGACCAGAAGGUGGAGAGACGGCGGCGCCUAGUGCGGACGAUGUCCGUCGCCUUCGCCCCGGAGAGUUGGACCCCGAUCCCGAGUCUAAACCCGCACGCCCCGACACGAUUGACCUCGAUGAAGAUGAGAAGGAGAUGCUCAGUGAAGCUCGUGCCCGUCUCGCCAACACACAGGGUAAAAAGGCCAAGCGCAAGGCCCGAGAACGCCAAUUGGAGGAAUCCCGUCGGUUGGCGGUGCUGCAGAAGCGUCGCGAACUGAAGCAUGCCGGUAUCAAUGUCAAGGUGGUUACUCGGAAGCCCGGCGAGAUGGAUUACAACGCAGACAUUCCAUUUGAGAAGCCCGCUGCUCCUGGAUUCUACGAUACGGCCGAUGAGCAAACCCGGAAUGAGCGCCAACGGGAAAUGUUCGAUCCCCGCAAGCAACAGCUAGCCAACAAGCGGAAGGGUGACCAAGACGAAGACGCCGAGCGCAAGAAGCGCAAGAAUGAUAAGAACAGCAACUCGGCUGCUUUCGCUGCGGCUGCACGUGCCGGUCAAAUGCAGAAGAUCCGCGAAGCAGAGCAAAGCAGCAAGCGACGGGGUCUCGUUCUGCCUGCACCGCAGGUCGGCGAGGGUGAGAUGGAGGAUAUUAUUAAAUUGGGUAUGGCCGGAGAAAAGGCCAGCCGGAUGAGUGGCGACGAAGAAACGACUCGGGGUUUCAUUGGGAAUUAUGGUGCGAUUGUUGGAGGAACUCCUAUCCGCACGCCCCGGGCUGCACCAGAGGAGGAUCACAUCGCCAAUGAAAUUAAAAACAUCCGGGCCCUUACCGAGACACAGUCUUCUCUUCUCGGAGGAGAGAACACACCUCUCCAUGAAGGCAGUUCCUCAACAGGUUUUGAAGGUAUUGCCCCUCGACGACAGGAUAUUGUUACGCCCAACCCCAUGGCCACUCCCUUCAGACAGGCCAAUGGUAUGGGAGCCACCCCCAUGACUGGCGGAGUUGGGGCCACUCCCUUGCGCACACCUCGUGAUCAUUUUGCCCUGAACCGGGAAGGUGAGGGUGGACAACUUGUUGGUAGCACUCCUCGUGAUAUCAAGAUGCACGAGAACUUCAUGCGUCAAUCCAUUCGCAGCAAGCUCGCUACACUCCCCAAGCCCAAGGAGACCGAGUGGGAGCUGGAAGAGCUUCCAUCCGAAAACGCUGAGCCGUCUGCUGCUAUGGAGAUGACAGAGGAGGAUGCGGCUGAAAUCGAUCGCAGAGAGAAGGAGGCAAAGGAGAAGGCUGCACAAGCGGAGUUCAAGCGACAGUCCCAAGUAUACCAGCGCGGUCUGCCUCGACCCGUGGUUCUUGACCUCGAUGCUUUGAUGCAGCGUGCUUCUCACGUCACAGAUCCUGUUGAAGGCUUGAUUGCGAGGGAGGCUGCUGUCAUUAUCGCUCACGACUCGCGCAAGUACCCUGUACCUGGUGCCAAGAUCGGAGGAAAAGCACCAAAAUUGGAUCGUUUGGACGAUAGCUUCUUGGAGGCCGCUCGUGCUGCCAUUGCUGCUGAACUCGCUUCAGAAGAGGCACAGCAGCAACAAAAAGAUUGGCAAGACAAGUUUGACGACGUCUGGUCAUCUACUCGGGCUCAAUCACUACCUGGCCUAGUUAACUACGACGACGACAAUGAAGAGGAUGACUUCCAAGAGGAGCAACGGAUGAUAGCAGCCUUUGACGGAGUGCAAACAUCCCUGCUCGCCACCGCUGAGAAGGGCAACAAGCUAGAGAAGAAGCUGGCAUUGCAUUACGGCGGAUACCAGAACCGUGCCAAGAUGCUGCGAACGAAAAUUCUGGAAGCCAGUGCGGCCUUGCCCAAAGCACAAGAUGACCUCGACGCGUUCCGCAGUCUGCAGAUCUCCGAGGAAGCUGCCGUCUCUCGGCGACUGGAGCGCCUGCGAGAAGAGGUGUCCUUCAUGAUGCGCCGCGAGCGUGAGGCUCAGGAACUGUACAAGAGCCGAAAGGACGAGCUCGAUGAGCUUGUCGCUGGUACAGCUACGAUCAAUGGUUGGCAUUGA